GAUACGAAGCGAAGCGCAGUGUCCGCCAUCUUGGUUCCUAUUUCGUGAACUCAAGUUUCAUUUUCUAAAGAAUGUCCUCAUAAUAUUCCCUUCUUUGUCAUAAAAUCACAUUAGAGAGUUGUACAGAUAACUUUCCUUUAUUAUGUUUGAGAAGAACCUGACGGAUUUGGUCCGUGGAAUACGGAAUAACAAAGAGAAUGAGGCAAAGUACAUUGCAGGAUGCCUGGAUGACAUCAAACAAGAACUACGACAAGAAAAUCCAGCAGUCAAAGCCAAUGCUGUUGCUAAGCUCACAUAUCUUCAAAUGUGUGGUUAUGACAUCAGUUGGGCAGCUUUCAACAUCAUUGAAGUCAUGAGUAAUUCAAAAUUCACUCACAAGCGUAUUGGGUACCUAGCAGCAUCUCAAUCAUUCCAUGAGGGACUGGAUAUUCUUAUGUUGACUACAAAUAUGCUUAGAAAGGAUCUGUGUAGCAUUAACAUGUAUGAUGCUGGAAUAGCUCUGUCUGGUUUCUCGUGUUUCAUCACACCAGACUUGGCAAGAGACUUAGCCAAUGAUGUGAUGAGUCUGCUUGUAUCCACCAAGCCUUACAUCAGAAAAAGAGCUGUGCUACUUGUAUACAAGAUCUUCUUGAAGUUUCCUGAAGCUUUAAGGCCAGCUUUUCCAAGACUUAAAGAGAAACUUGAAGAUUCUGACCCAGGUGUUCAGUCGGCAUCAGUGAAUGUUAUUUGUGAGCUGGCUCGUAAGAAUCCUAAGAACUAUCUCUCCUUGGCUCCCUUGUUCUUCAAGCUCAUGACAAAUUCUACAAACAACUGGAUGCUGAUUAAGAUCAUUAAGCUGUUUGGUGCUCUGUGUCCUCUUGAACCACGUCUUGGCAAGAAACUACUGGAACCAUUAACUAAUCUUAUUCACAGUACUUCAGCAAUGUCACUGCUAUAUGAAUGUGUCAACACUGUAAUAGCAGGGCUUCCACACCAUCAGCCAUCAAUCCAGUUGUGUAUUUCUAAGCUGCGACUGCUUCUUGAAGAUCCAGACCAAAAUUUGAAGUAUCUAGCAUUGUUAUCCAUGUCUAACAUCCUCAAGAUCCACCCUAAAGCCGUACAGCAACACAGAGACAUUAUAAUCCAGUGUUUGGAUGAUAAAGAUGAAUCUAUCAGACUGAGGGCCUUGGAUUUGAUUGUAGGAAUGGUUUCGAAGAAGAACAUAAUGGACAUUGUGAAGAAACUGAUGAUUCAUAUGGACAAGACAACCAGUCAGAGUUAUCGGGAUGAACUGCUGUCUAAGAUCAUCCUCAUCUGUAGUCAGUCUGAUUAUCAUUAUAUCACCAACUUUGAAUGGUAUAUUGAUGUUCUGGUCCAGUUAACUAGAGUAGAGGGCACAAGAUAUGGUCGUCAGAUUGCAUCUCAGAUGAUGGAUGUUACAAUCAGAGUCAAGGCUAUCCGUCCUUAUGCCGUACAGUGUCUGUCCCUACUGCUGAAAAACAAUCACUUAUUAUCUGGUAACAUCCAGAAGAAUGGCAUGUGUGAAGUGCUAUAUGCUGGAGCAUGGCUGUCAGGAGAAUUCAGCGAGUACUUGCCUGAUAUUGGUGAAACACUGGAAUGCUUACUGCGCACUAAAGCAACACUGUUACCUGGACACAUCCAGGCUGUUUACGUACAGAGUAUUGCUAAGUUGUAUGCAAGGAUCCUGAACAAUAUGGAAAAAGAGGGUGAUGACAGUGCUGCAGUUGACCUAGGCCAAAAGCUGGUUGAUAACCUUCCCAUGUUUGUACAGAGUGCUGACCUUGAGGUUCAAGAAAGGGCAAGUUGUAUACAACAGCUGAUCAAAUAUGUCUUGAAGCUGCAAGGAAAAGGAGUCCAGUGCAGUGAGGAAGUGAAUGCAUUGUUUGUUGGAGAGUUGAAUCCAGUUGCCGCUAAAGCACAAAAGAAGGUUCCAAUACCAGAAGGUCUUGACCUGGACAAAUGGAUCAAUGAGCCUCCUAAAGAAAGCUCUGAAGAGGAAAAUGAUAUUGAAGAUAUGUUUGGUAGCAUAGAACACAGAACCCUUGAGCAAAGGACAGUUGAAGAACCAGAUGAAGAAGAACUAGAAAAGAGGAGAGAAGUGCGCAGAGUAGAACAAGAUACCAAUCCACAUUAUCUUCGCCUGGACACACCCACCAAGGAGGAUAAAACAGCUCUUAAAGUUGAUGAUAUUCCAGUAGCUAACCUGGACUUGCCAGUCUCACUCAAAGUGUCAGGCAUUUCUAUGUCCAAAAAGUACAAGAAAGGUAGAAAGAAGAAGCACAGGAAAGGUCGUCAUGGUAGCAGAGGUGAAGACAGUGAUGAAGAGGACCUAUCCAUGCAGAUGAAGUAUGAAGUCCUUCCCGCAGGAGCUGGAGAAAUGCCAGAGGGUGUCGAGGAAGCAGCAUCAAGUGAAGAAGAUACACCAGUGCAUAAUGUCGACGACCCCCACAGGCUUCUGGAUGUUGACUUGUUAAAGCCACUUGAUAGUAGUGAUGCUCUACCUGUGCGUACUCACAGGGUUGUUGACCCAGAAAGUCAUGUCAAGAAGACAGAAGAGGAGGCAGAGGAGGUACAUGAGAAGGAGAAGAAAAGCAAGAAACGCUCAAAAAAGGAUAAGGAAAAAAAGAGCAAACAUAAACAUGACAAAAAAGAGAAAGAAGAAAAAGGAAAGAAAUCUUCCCACAAACAUAAACACCAUCAUCACAUGGAAAAAGAAGCAGAGAAAGAAGAGCCAGAUUUGAUGAUCAACGGUGAUGUUGAAGACAAUGCAGAUGAAGUUGAUGAGAUCAAAACAAACGUUGAACCUGGUGAUGAACCAGUGACACAGAAAGAUGGGAGCCAACCAAAUGAAGAGGAUGGUGCAAAGCUUGAUGAUAUGGAUUUCUGGUUAACUCCAUCUUCUUCCACAGCAAACAAGGCAGAAGAGCAGGAGACUGAAGUUCCCUCGGCUACUCCAGAGAGUGCUAAGACUACCAGACAUAGAGACCGCAAGUCAACAGAGAGUAAAGAGCACAAGAAGAAGAAAGACAAACGGGAGAAGAAAAAGAGCAAGAAGACCCAAAAGACCCCAGAAGCAUCACCAGAACAUGAACCAGAAGCAGAAGCAAGUAUGGAGCAGGACAUUGUAGAAGUGAAACCAGUAGAGUAUAAACCUGAGCCACCAGUCUCAUCAUAUAAAGUGUUGGCAGAAAAUAGUUCUUUGAAACUGACACAUCAAAGUAAAGCAGCAGCUCAAAAUAUGCAUCAGCUGGUUGUGUCUAUUAUUUUCAGUAAUCUUACAGAUUUUCACAUUAAAUCUAUGGAGUUCAAUGUGUUGGAUUCCCUAAAUACCAAGAUGGUCAGACCUAUUGGUUAUUCAUCACGAGACAGUAUUCCAGUGCCUUUCCAGUUGUUACCAGGUUCAUCAAAUGAAGGACAGUUUGCUUUUAAUGUUGAAAAUAUUACUAUGCCGCAGAAGUUAAGAGGAACACUAACAUACAUGAUAAAGGAUCCUGAAGGAUCUACAAGUGAGAAGAUGGACUUCUCUUUAUUCUUACCAUGCUCAUCAUUCCUUGUUGCUACACCUUUGUCCAGUUUGGACUUUUCUAACCUGCUGGCUGGUGGAUCACUCACUAGUAAAAGUUCUGUCAAGUUUAAUGCACCAGAAGACCUUGAAUUUGCUUCAGUCAUUGCAAGGAUCUGUUGUCUUUUACAUUUUUCUGUGGUCGAGCAAGUAGAUCAUGGAGCAUCAUUAUAUUCUAGGUCAAUCCAGUCUCAUCAUAUCUGUCUCCUUGUCAAAGAAUUCAAUGGUCAUUCGGUAUCCAUCGAUGGCAAGUCAACAGAAAGCUCACUCCUUUCCAACGUCCUCAAAGAAGCAGAAACUCUCUUCACCAGUUAAUCAAUUGAACGACUACAAGCUACACAUUAUUAAUUACUAAAAGAAUAGGAAACUAUUAAAUAUAUAGGUUAAAAGAUCAAGGGUAAUAAAUAGAUUAAAAUGUUGGAGAAUUUUUUACUCAAAAUUAUGAAUAUUUCAGAACAAUUAAAUAAACAAGGAAAAGAUCCGAUCAGGUUUGCAUGUAGAGAAGAUUUGUUAUGAAUUUGAUGAUGUACUUUAAUAAGGAGAAUGAGUUAAGGAAUGACUAAAGUCAGGGCUGUGAUUUAUUUUUAGUGAUACAAUGCUAUGAAUUUAGAAAGUUAUAAGGGGAAAAUACAUUGUAUUGAAGAAAUUGAGAUUAAAAUUGUUGAAAUUAAUAA